AUGUCUCACCAAGUUAACGGCGACGUGAGCGCUGCUCAGUAUUCUGCUUUCGUCCAGCAUCUCCUCAACUACCCUGUCAUUAGCGACGGCGUCCACACCUUCAAGUCCAACGAAUUCGGCCAGCGCUCCAUCAAGCUCACCGACGCCGCUUACCAGACCUUCGCCGCUCCCGUCGUCCCCUACUUCGCCAAGCCUUACCAAUAUGUCUCUCCCUAUGUCCAGAAGGUCGAUUCCCUAGGCGACAAGACCCUCGACCGUAUCGACGAGAAGUUCCCCGUCGUCAAGAAGCCCACCGAUGAACUCUACCAAGAUACCCGCGCUCUCAUCCUCUUCCCAAUUCAGAAGGGUCUUGAGGGUAAGGACCAUGUCUUCCAGGUCUACAACUCUGAGAUCAAGAAGGUCGAGCAAGGAGGCCUCGUCGCGCACGGAAAAGCUGCCGUUACCACCGUCCUCGUCGUUAGCAACGAGACGCUCUCUUGGUUGAGCUCUUUCCUGCACCAGAAGAAGGCCGAGACCACCACUGCCGUCAACGAGAAGAUCAACCAGUAA